AUGAUGUUUUCUUUAUUCUUCUGCCAGCAGGCAGCUGCGAUCCUUAAUAGGAAGAACCCUCUCCAAGAAAUUGCACCAGUAAAGAACAUUCCAAUUGAAGAAUCCAACAAAAUUAAUUUACAAGCUCAAAAUGAAAACAGCGUUUCUGAAAAUUCAAUCAACGCUAAUCUCAAGUACAAUAUUCCAAAAGAUUCAAAUGCACAAAAUGAAUUUAAGGUCGCAAUGUACGCUGCAAACAGAAGACCAUUAAAACUCUUCCAUGGUAUUGUCGCUUUCAUCAUUAUCUGCGCUAUCGUUAUUGUUCUUGUUAUCAUUUGCAUUGUUGUCGUUGCUUGCUUGAACAAAUCCGUUCCAGAUCGUGACUCAUCUGGCUCUGGAGUUACUGUUUCAAGAUCCGAAUACCAGCCAUCAACUAACCAACAACUUGUCAGCAAUCCAGCUCCUCAGAAACCAGCUCCAGUUGAAGAAAAGCCACAACCUGCCCCUCAACCAGCUCAGUUACCUGAUGAUGAUUAUUCUGAUUCUAUCCCAUCAGAUUCCGGAUCAGGCAUUAAUGUUUAA